GGGGCGGGGGGAGGUGGCAGCGUGCUCCCAGCACCCAGCGGCACUCCGUUCCUGCCGUUCGCAUGCCCUUUGCCGUGCCGAGCAAACCUCCUCUACGGCUGGAUCGCCUUUGCCCUUAGCUCGGGCGGCAGCUCCUUCCUCCUCCUCCUCCUCCUCCUCUUCUCCUCCUCCUCCCUGGGAUGAUUUGCCCAGGACGGGUCUAGUAUCUCCGGAGCGCUUCUACUUUGCUCCCACCCGCGCUCGGUGGGACUAAGCUAUCGUUUGAUGGGAGGUUAUUUUCGGCAACCAGCCUUGCACCCGGGCGGACCGGCCGGAGGAAGAGCCGGGCGCUUCUGAAAGCGGCAGAGGAGGUUUGCCAAAGCAGGGCAGCGGAGCGGGGGGGGGGCUUGAACCGGCGGAGCCCAGCCGAGGUGCCAUCCCACCGAGAAGGAGAGAGAGUUGCCCGGCUACCUGCUCCGUAUUUCAGGCUGCCUGCAUGGCUCCCGGGCACUGUAGAGAUUGUGGGGGCUGUUGCUGCUGCUGAGCAACAAUACAUUGCUUUAAACUCAUCCUCAACUUAGCCCGGCAAGCAAGGAUGGCAACGCUACUGGAGAUUUGGAGCUGCCAAGAGAGCCAGGGAACCUGGGUUUUGUGUGCCACUGUCUAAUGUAUGGGAGUAAAAUGGAAUUUCUUACCUGGGUUUUUCCUGCCUUGGUUCUACUGUGCACCCAACAGCACAGGUGUAUCAGGGUGCUUUAGAGGGCUGUAUUUGAAGCAAUUUCUCUGUCAUGUGUGCUAUUUGACUGAAGUGAAUGAGCCAAAUUCAACCUAAGUCAGCACAUCCUACUUACGCCAGUGCUGUUUUCAGAGCUAUGAAUGACAUCGGAGAUUACAUAGGUUCCAACAUCGAAAUAUCCUGGUUACCCAACCUGGAUGAUUUAAUGAAAGGGUAUGCACGUAAUUUCAGGCCUGGGAUUGGAGGUCCUCCUGUUAAUGUUGCUCUUGCAAUUGAAGUAGCCAGCAUUGACCACAUCUCAGAAGUGAACAUGGAAUAUACCAUGACGGUAUUUUUGCACCAGAGCUGGCGAGAUGACCGUCUGUCUUACAACCACACCAAUGAAACUUUGGGCUUAGACAGCCGGUUUGUGGACAAGCUCUGGUUGCCAGAUACUUUCAUAGUAAAUGCCAAGUCUGCCUGGUUCCAUGAUGUGACUGUGGAAAACAAACUUAUCAGGCUCCAGCCAGAUGGAGUCAUUUUAUACAGCAUCAGGAUUACCUCAACAGUGGCCUGUGACAUGGACCUUUCCAAGUAUCCAAUGGAUGAGCAAGAAUGCAUGUUGGAUUUGGAGAGCUAUGGCUACUCUUCAGAGGACAUCGUCUACCACUGGUCAGAAAACCAGGAGGAAAUCCAUGGGCUGGAUAAGCUGCAGCUUGCUCAAUUCACAAUUACCAAUUAUCAGUUCACAACAGAAAUGAUGAACUUCAAAUCUGCAGGUCAGUUUCCCAGGCUCAGUCUCCACUUCCACCUUCGGCGAAAUCGAGGAGUUUACAUCAUUCAGUCUUAUGUUCCUUCUAUCUUACUAGUGGCCAUGUCAUGGGUAUCCUUCUGGAUCAGUCAGUCAGCUGUGCCUGCCAGGGUGUCAUUAGGUAUAACUACUGUUCUUACUAUGACUACACUGAUGGUCAGUGCCCGAUCUUCGCUUCCACGAGCAUCUGCCAUCAAGGCGCUUGAUGUUUACUUCUGGAUUUGCUAUGUGUUUGUCUUCGCUGCACUGGUAGAAUAUGCAUUUGCACAUUUCAAUGCUGACUACAUGAAAAAGCAAAAGAACAAGAUAAAGGCAAGAAGGCAGAGUGGAGAGAUAAACGUGAAGAAUGCCAUUGUUCUGUUUUCCCUUUCCAUAGCUGGUGUGAACCAGGAACUGGCCAUUUCCCAUAGGCAGCACCGAAUUCCCAGAAGCCUGCCUGGAUCAUAUGGCACAAUAGAAAUAGAAACUGGAGAGACAAAACUGCAGCAAGUAAUGAAACUGGAUAAAAAGAGUGGUCUGAAGUCCCUCUUUAAGCCCAUUGAUGCUGAUACCAUUGAUAUAUAUGCCAGAGCCGUGUUCCCAGCAGCCUUUGCAGCAGUCAAUGUUAUAUACUGGGUUGCAUACACAAUGUAAAAAAAAAAAAAAAAAAUUCAUGUGAAGAGCUACAAAUUGAACAAUACCUACGGACUAAAAGGCCCUUGCUGAAACUGUAUUGAUCCAUCUCUUCUCAAAACAUUUCCCAAUGAGCUCGAGACGUUUCUAAAGUCAAGAAAGUCCUGCUAUCAAUUCCUACUAAAAGCAGCAAUUUAUUACUGAUUUGACACAGUAGUAACUGUACUCUGCCAAACAAUCCCAGCUCCUUAUUUCCUGUAUUACCAUGAGAUAAUUUUUCAUAUGUACAUAUUUGCAGCAAAAGGUUAAGUCUUAAAUUACCAUGUUUUUCCUCCACUUUAAGGGUUGAUCAGUAAUGAAGAUUUGGCUUUUCACACUCAGAUCAUUUCCUUUUUUGUAAUGGAAGAGCUAAUUCCUCACUUCCACAUGAGUGAUUUUCUGCAUCUGGCCUUCUGUGGGAUGGUCUAGGUUUAAUAGUAGUGGUAAAGUUGGAGUUUUUAAUCAUAAAAAUCUCAUGGACAAAGUAAAAGGGAAUAGAGAGGAGUGGAGGCUUUUUCUUAUAUUAUUAUUUGUCUUGGAUAAAAUAUUGAAAACAUUUCAAUGCUCUUAGUCAUAGCAUGAAAUAAAAUAUACUACAUAAAAUUCUACUGAAUUGUUAAUAAUGACUGUAUUACAUUUAAGAUCUAAGCUAAUGAAAGUUUAAACACUUAAACACAGUAAUGUUUAUUAGUUUAACAGGCCCCAAAAUAGAUAAAAGUGAUUUAGAAACACAGGGAAAGCUCAGGCUUCCUAUGUUGGAUUGGGGAAAAUUUUAAAAGUGCUUGAUAAUGAAGGAACUCAGACUUCAUUUUCAGGAAGGACUUUAGAAUUUGUUCUUUUAAUUUUCAGUGACAGUCUACCAUGUGUGCCUCUGAAAAUAUCCUUUUUGCAUCUGUCCCUAAAUAGCUGAGUAAAGUUAAAAAAUGUGAUAACUGGCUUUAAGUUACUCAUUUGCUUUGGAUAUUUUUGCCGUUUUAUUCAGAGGCUGACCUAAUAUGUUAGGCCUCUUCACUUCCGUUAUUUGACAAUGAAAUUUGUGGGUACUCAUACACACUCCUUAAUUCAGGACUAGAUCCUCUCACCCAAAUAAUGCAAAAUAACACUUUGUUCUGUAAAUAAUUCCAGUGAACUCAGCAAACGAAUGCAGUAUUCACAACAAACACAAGUUUCACAAUUAAUCUCUAAAAACCUCCACAGUAAAUAUAUUGGGAUACGGAUUAGGACAACUGAAAUAUUGUUAGUGUAGGAAACCAAUGUAAGAUACUUCAAAAGGGAAUUUUUUUUUGGAGAAUUUUGUUGCCUUGAAAGUGAGAGAUUGUUUUAAAUAUAGAGACCGACACAAAAGAAAAUAUGAAAUGAGAGAAGGAGGGAAAGAAGGAAGCAAAGCAAGUGGCUGAAAGCUAUGAUGGAAGGGAGCAUGCGGAGGUACGAGAUUAAACAAGCCAAAAUAUGUAGAUAAGAGAAGAGCUGCACUGGGCUUUGAAGAUGGGGAUCUUGAACAUAGUGGCUCAUGAUUAAUAGUCGCAGUUGCCAUAAGGAUGAAACAAGCAUUUGAUCACAGUGGAGUAUGCGCACAUUCCUCCUGCAUUACUUAUCUGUGAUGUAUGGUUUGAUUUCAUAUGACUAGCACUGAAAGAUAGAGCAUUUUAACACACAUUUAUAACUUAAAAUAAGAUUUGUUGAAUAUCACUGAAGUAAGAGAAUGCUUUGAAGAAAAAAUAAUGAUCCUGAACUGAGCUAUAAUAGAAAAUACACUCCCAUCGUAAGUCAGGCUUAGGUUCACCUCAAUCUUUAGUUUCUGUUAUAAUGGAAGAACUGUCUGCCAACAGUGUGCUGGAAAGCGCAAACUGACUUCAAGCUAUAAUUGUUCCACAAAGUUAUCACCAGUCUAGCCUUGGACUGAGACACCAGGAUUCUGCUCCAAGAUCUUGCCACUGACUUGUUGGGGAAUCUUAGUUAAAUCAUUUCACUGCAUCAUCUGCAAAAUUGAUAUAAUGAUACUGAUUUCUUUCCUGUAUCUUUGAGGUUUACAGAAGAAAAACCCUUCAGGAGAGACAGAAACUUAUGCUCCAACUAGGUAAGUGCAUCCAACUAGUACUUAUGUGGUGCUAUUUACCAUAGUUCUGAGACUCUCACAUACUGAAUUAAAGCAAAGUAUCACUCAACUUUCACCUUAUCCAGAAAGGUAAUGAAAUUCUGCAUCUCCUUCAAUAUAUGCAGGUAAUCAGGCUUCUCUUUCUCCUCCUGCUUCUCCCGUUUCCAUUUUAUUUUUCUUGGUGUUCGUUCCUGAUGUUGAUGAAAUGCUACAAUACAUAAAUACACCACUUUUUUUGAAGUGCAUUUUUGGUCAUAAUCACUUUCUCCCCAAGGAAGUUCAACCCCUCCUGCUCUCUUCUGAAUCAUUCUUACUGUUUUAUAUAAUGAUUAAGUGCAGAGUGGAAUACAAACAGCAGAAGCAAGACUUUACAAUGCCUUUUCCUUACUAAGUUGUUUUUCCACGAUCGUGGGUCAGGGCCUUGACAUAUCUUAAGUCCCCUUUCUACCUCUCCUUUCAGCUUAAAACUGAGCUUUUUCAGUUUACACCUGACCUAAAUCUUGUCUGGUCUCACAAGUUUAAAUGUAACUCUUGGAUGAUGCACUUUCAUAGGCAAGGCAAGAUGGUAGGCAAGUCUGAAAUUUUCUGCUCAGCACUUUGAACAGUAUCACCACAACAGUACUACACCCUUUAGAAAGGCCACAGUGCCUUAUUCUUCUCUGUUAUGCUUGCAUAAAUCAGAAAUAAUCUUUGGUUUAAAAUCAGUAGAUUAACUACUGCUGUGAAAGCAGAGUCUAACCUUUUGGUAUGCCGCUGGUUUCUCUAGCUAUUGGUUUAUUACACUGCCUGUCAGGGUCAGCUGCUAAGAGUGAAAUUAUUGACUAAAUCCAGUUGAAGAAAUACUUGCAGCAAGUUCCUGUGAAGUGUAAAUCAUAAGAAAAUAAUCCAUGAUUUUGGAAUUAAAGUUAUUAAAGAGCAGAGAACAAAGCAUUGACCUAGUCCCUCUAGUGUGCAGUGGCUGGUUAUUUAGAGUAAUUAGCAAGAAGGCGGCUGCAUAUAUUACAAAGGCAAUGUCUAAUCUAAUUACUUCAGCAGUAAUAGUUUGUAAUUGUGCACCUGACAUAACUCCUUACACUGAAGCCAACUGAGUAAUCACAUGGGGUUAUUGGACAAAAUUAGUUGCUUCUCCAUCUGGGAGAGUCAUAGGCUGCAUGCCCUGCUGAUUUCUUCAAAAGAUAUAUUCAAUCAAUUUUUUCUGUAGUUUGACUGCAGAUCUUCAAGGUGCACAGCUCGGUUGUGACUGAUCAAAGUAAAAGGUGGCAGCGAUCUUUUCCUCAAAAAAACCCCAAAGCCAGAAUGCUAGACUAUCACAAUGUUGUAGACAGAAGCAUAAAUAAAGGAGGGGAAAAAAAAAAAUCUCAAAACAUCGCAGGCAGUCAGAAGUGUGCACUGUGAGCAUACAUAUGGCAAUUGUGUCCAUUCCAGGAACAAGGUGACUCAGAGGGGAGAACAGGUGUUUCAGCUACUGUUACUGCACUUGCAUGAGUAGCACAAGACAAAACACCUCCAUCACGAAGAGUGGGAUUUUCUUAAAUCUGUUUCCAGAGCCAGAAAUAGAAAAGUCAGAUGCCAUUCAAACUCUUUUAAGGAGAAACUUCAGUACAGGAGUAUGGUGUAAUGAUUGGAAUUUUGCAUAAAUUUGAAUCUUCUGCACUUUUGCGUGUGCUAUACAUUUUUUUUUUCAUUUAAAAUCAUCAUACUUAAAAAUCAUCAGACAUUAAUGCUUUAGAUGUAUUAACAUCUAAAGACAAUGCCCUGCUCAACAUUUCAUGAUGGCCUUAAUAAACAGAAAUAAACUAAAUUCGAUGUCAAUUGAAUGCUAACGUUGGAUGGGUUGUACUAGUGUAAAGGAGGGGGGGGCGCACAAGGAAAGAAAGUAUGUGACAGAUCAGAAGGCACUUUUUCUGUGCUGUACCUGAAAGCAUUUGUAUUCCUUUCAGCAAUUUGGAUUACUGUUCUAUGGACUGGAAUGUCUGUGAGAAAAAGAGUGGGAUAUGUGUUAAUGUAAUCAUUCUAAAUGUGAAGUGUUAAUAAAAUGUAGAUAUACAGAAA